AUGGUCGCGACCCGCUCCAAAACAACGCCAGGCCCACUCCCACGCUCACGGCCGCGGCCCGACUUGGCGGCCCACCCAUCCGAGGAAGAGCUCAUCACGUCCUUCCUCCGGCCCCGCGUCGUCUCCGGCGACGACAGAGACAGGCCGUGCAGCGCGUCGUUCAUCCAUGACGCGGACGUCUACUCCGCCGGCCCCGGCGAGCUCACGGCCCGGCUCGCCCCGGAGGUCGCGAGCAACGGCGACAGCGCGUGGUACUUCUUCUCCGCCGUGAGGGCCAAGACCCGCGACGGGCAGCGCAAGGCGCGCACGGUGGACUCCGGGGACGGGUGCUGGCACUCGGAGGCCGGCGCGAAGCCCGUGGUGGAGGAGGGUCACGGCGGCCGGAUCCUGGUAGGGCACCGGCAGGGCUUCUCGUUCUUGACGAAGGUGGAUGGGCGGCGCGUCCGGCGACACCGCGGCCGUCCCACCGAGGCAGAGGCAGGCACGCCCACACCCAAUGGCGAAGAGAAGAAGGACAGCACCCAGAGCCGCCGCGGGCUCGCUGAUGAGGACUCUACUGUGACCGACGCCCCCGACGCGCUCUGGACGGACGACUCAUUCUUCUCUUGGUGGAUGAGGAAUAAGGAUUGGUUAAUGGAGGAGUACAGCAUCGUCGACCGGCCAGACGAGGAGAUCCAGAAAACCUACGGGCUCGAUGAGUACCUGCGGCUGCUGAAACACCAUUAUGUUGACUUUGGCUGCGGCCAUUCUCCGGUCCUCAACUCCUGA